AGCACCUUCUUCCGGAGGAACUUCACCAUGCUAGGUGUUGUCUUCGCCGGAGCAUUCGGCUUCGAGAUGUUCUACAACACAACAAUGGACAAGAUCUGGGACCACCACAACCGAGGGCGCCAAUGGAAGGACAUCCGGCACAAGUACGUAGAGGCCGAGGAGGACGAC